CUGUUGUCCUUCCACUUUUCAUUUGGCAUUUCUGAUCGUUGAUGGGUUCCCGACACAUAUACUGAGGGCUCGCGUGGUACUUAUGUGCAUGAUUUGAUGGAGGAUCGGCAUGAAUUAUUGAUCAACUCUCCUUUGUUCGUGUCCCGCGUCGUUGUGUUCUGAUGGCCUCCGAUCCACCAAAUCAGGAACAUUUACAACCACAACAUUUAUUCGUCAGAACCGAUGAGGUUGAUUCAGGCACCACAAUAUUAUCACCAAGCAGAGAAGUGCCCUUAAGCGCUCUGAGUCCCGCCGAUGGCGCCCCUUCAGGUACACGACCCAACGCUCCACCUCGGCCAGGUCUAAAGCGUGAGGGCACAGCACCAGCACCGCCUCCGCCGCCACCUUCGCAACCACCUCCAGCACCUCCACCGCAGCCUGAUCCCACCGACUCCUUGAGUUUGCCUCAACUUAGGCAGUUAGUAGGACAAUUCCCCAAAGCCGAACAGAGAGCCUAUGCUUUUCAGUACAAGGAUGCCGAAGACUUUGAGCCCGAGAUCGACGAGUGGUUCCACUACACGGAAAUCGAACAAGACCGAGACUACCUGCUAGCAGCACGCGAAGCUUUUGAGCAAAGGUGGAAACUGUUCUGUCAGCAACAGAACAGGUCCGAAGAAACGACCUGGAUCAAUCUGCCUCGUGAUCAACAGCAGCAAUUUCUGUCAGAGUUGAGGGUCCAACUUGCCGACAAAGACUAUAGCUCCAGGGAAGAAGCUCUAUCUUGCGUGUUUUACAUCUUGACUGGUGUAUGGAGUGUGACAUCUGGCCUGGAAUCAAGAGAUGUCGCUGGAGAUGGUGGACACGAAUCGUUACCAGAAAAUGACCAUUUCAACGCUGUUCAAGUGCAGUGGAUGCAUAAAGGAGCAGAUGCAGUCCAGCAGAGUCACAUCAUCACACAACUGUAUGCGUGCCUUAUUCAAGCCGCAAAAGCUCCCGACGAUCCUCGUCCUUCACAAAACCUCGAUGGCGAAGAAGUAAAUGAAGGUGCUUUCGGUGAGAAGGGAUACCAGGAAAUCAGUCUAUGCCUGUCGGCUUUCUAUAUCCUGAUUGAGUCCGCCAGAGUCAGGAUUGGAACUCCGGCGGGAAAAGCCUUACGGGAUGCCAUUGUCGCGCUGCAGCCUAACUUUCUAGUCUUUCUUGUCAGCAUGAUUUCACGAUUACGAUGGGACGAAUCAUACAAUAUACCCCUUAUGCAUGCAUUGCAAUUGUUUUGGAAGACAUUAUUGGUGGUGUUCGGCGAUUUGCCGGGCUACCUGGACAAGAUCAAAGGGGUCCUUCAACCUCGAGUGGACCCAUUCUCGUCGGAGGCCUCUCGCCCAGUCCUUACCGCCUCACCUUUGGAUUACCACCUGUUCAGACAAGAGAUUACUUCGAAGUAUCCCGCUUACAACCCGCCCUUACCCCUAAUCCCAUUGGAGAUUGAACAGAAGACAAUGCUACCUCCGCUACCAAGUCAGCCACGACAAGACAGCUUUCCCGCAGGUCCAGGUCCAAGUGGUUCAGCACCCAGAGGAUCAAUCUUUCAUCAGCCUGUUCAUAUUGCCACCCCGGCACCCUCUCCACCACCCUCACCAAUCGGUCCGGGCGGAAAAGCUGCUAAGAAACAGAAUUACCAGACGAACCAAAACUUCCCCUUCCUUUAUCCACCGCUUGACAGCUCGAGCAACACCAUAGGUGGUAAAGGCUCCUCGGAAAUUCAGGACCUGAUGGUGGGAAAGAGAUGGGAAGGCAGUGACGUUCCGCUGUCAAUUAUCGAAGCAGGAGAACUCUUUGCCAGUCGUAUGAGAAUGACAAGAGCAAUGCGCCAGCUUUGGAAGGAACGAGAUCUGUUCAUGAAGUUUGAGAGAGGCUGGGGCGCUGAUGAGAGCGGAAGUAGCGAGGCUAAAGGGGAUGACGAGCUCGACAGUCUUGACGCCGAGCUUCGGUCUCGCAUGUAUGCCGUCGACGAGUUCUUCCGACAAGCUCUACCAGACCUGCAAUCAUUGAUCAUCGUAAUGAUGAAAGUCAUGCUCACCAAUGUGCAAGACAUUGCCGUACGCAACGGUGGUCUUCAAGAGGCGACACAAACUGGGGGCCUCAACCGGACAAAAUCAAACUCUAACAUUGCUCAGAAUCCGGCGCUCCCCAUACCACCACCCCCACCACGUCCGGCUGAGAUGGCACUCGAAGAUCUGGAUAAUGUCCGAUCCCGGGAGAUCAGCCAGAAAGCUGUGUCAGGAGCAAUAUUUCUGUUGCUCAAAUGGCUCAAAGUAUCUCAUGUGUUGAAGUUUGAGUACCUGACACAACUCCUGCUUGACUCGAACUACAUACAAUUAACGCUCAAAUACUUUGCGCAUCAGAACCUGGAAGAUCUGGUUGCGUUCAAAUAUGAUCGGGAUGAUCUAAGCAUGUGGCAUUACUGUCUUGUUCACUCCGACCAUCCACCCCUGUCGCCAACAAGCCCGGACGAGAGAUCGGAAACUUCGAGCGUUGAUGAAGCCGUACCACCACCUAUAUCGCGACAAAGGCGGUCUCCAAGUACUAAACUCGACGAUCAGACCUCUUCUGAGCAGGGCUCCGCCCAACAGGGAUCAGACGGCCAGGCAAGACCAUCUGUCGACGAGCUCGGUAACCCACUUGGACCGCUCCCUGCAGAACCUAUCACGACAUUCUCGUUCCGACAGUUCCAGACAGCUAUCCACCUCCUUCGCGCGCUUCAGAAAGUCACACGUGGUAAAUCUCACCGCAUUUUGUUUCUGGUACAGUUCAAGUCAUCUCAGAUCCUACGACGAGUUCUCCGCGUCCCAGAUCCCACCUUGCGCCUUUACGUGUUGAAGCUCUUCAAAUCUCAGGUCCCGUACUGCGGCCGUAAAUGGCGACAAAGCAACAUGCGUGUCAUCACGGCCAUCUACUUGCACUGCCGACCGGAAUUGAGAGAUGAGUGGCUGGCUGGUAUGCAUGAUGCUAAUGUCGAGGGUGAGGUCGACGAGGCGGUCCCACUGGAAUGGGCCCUCCGCGGUCUCACGUUCUGGUGGCAGAAACGCAUGUACCCUGGAGUCAUGCGAAGAGUGAAACGUGGCGGAAAGGCGAAGGGCAAGCACUCAUCACUGGCAUCGGCACUUGAGAAGCUGGCUGCUACCGAGGGAAUGACCGAGGGGUCACAUGGCAAAGAAGUCGACCUGGAAAACAUCGACAUCCAAAUUCCUGAUGAGACAUUUGAGAACAUAGGGGACGACGAAGAAGAGGAUGAAGGCGGUCAAGAAAUCGACGACGAUGAGCGCGACUUUUUCCGGCGAGAACUCGAUGCUAUUGGCUGGGGCCUUGCCGGCGUCCGGCUGAGUGAAGGCGAGGAGGUUGCCUUUGGUGAGGAAGCAAUUGGCCUUAAUGGAGCAGGAGCAGGAGUGUACUCGGGCGUUAAUGGCGCGACUGGGACCGGUAUGGACACUUCGAUGUCUUACGGUUCUAUGGCAGGCGGAGGGCCUAAUACCGGGACCCCGCAGACACCUGUUGCGCAGCCACAAUGGAUCACGGCGAACGCAGCGAGUCUGGAGAAUUGGCAGAACAGUUAGGGGCUGUUAGAGGCGGUCCGUGAUGCGGGUGCUCUCGAUGAGCAGGCGGAAGAAGCCGAAGCGGAAGACGUCGAGGAUGCUUCGUUGUGGGCUGUGCCUCCACCUAGGGUCAAUCUGGAUCGGUGGGAGCCGGGAGACCACGAGGACACUUUGGAACGGGACACAGGGAGAACCAUGGGGCGGGAUAACAGCACAAGACGAAACAGGAGCUGGCGCUGAAGACAAUGGACACUCGAGUCUGGUCGUCCUAUUAUGCGGUAUUCUGCACCGUUACGAGGACGAAAACGUAUUGGCAGCUCCUGCAUAGAUCAGAGCACAGCGUUAAAAUAAGCAUCA